GUGCACGGCGGGACGGACGCGCCGUACGUCUUUGUCGACCUCGAGGGCAAGCCCUCGUGGGACAUGUUCUCCAAGAUUCUCGAGGAGGCGCAGGUCGUGACCAUCCCGGGCGCCGGGUUCGGCCCCGGCGGCGAGGGCUUCCUCCGCCUCUCCGCGUUUGCGCCGCGCGAGGCGUGCGAGGAGGCGUGCACGCGCCUGCGCACGGCGAUGAAGCCCGACGCGGUGCCCGCCGCGUGA